AUGGUAUCUGGUCCAAAUGAUUUUAUGCAGCAUCUCAUCGAAAUGGUGAUUAAGAAAAAACAAAAUCAAAAUAUUACACAAGAGUAUGAUACGCAACUAAAGACAUUUGCCCUAACUUUACACUUUUAUAGUCCUCGGGCUUACAAUUACAUGAGAACUAAAUUUGACCUGUGCCUACCACAUCCUCGAACAUUACGAGGCUGGUACCAAAAUGUAGGCUGUAAGCCAGGCAUCACUAUGGAAGCCAUAGACACCAUAAAGGCUAUGAGCAAAGAAAAAAAAGAUUUGGUCAUCGCCCUUACGUUCGACGAAAUGUCUAUCCGUGAACACAUUGAAUUUGACGGUCGUAAUCAUCAUGGCUAUGUAGAUGUGGGUAAUGUUAAGUCCAUUGUUCAGUACAUAUGUGGUUACGUGGUGAAAAAAAUCGCAAAUAAAAUUAAAUGCGAAUCCUGUGUAAAUGUACUUUACGGUGAAGUUAAGGAAGGUUCACUAAUAAACAUGAAAGACGUAGGUGGCCUCGUGAAUCCCUUUCAAGACGUUUAUGAGAUAGGUGUCUUUUCUGAACGAGUUUUCCGAAAACACGUAAAAGGAAAAAUUGUAAACGAAAACAUAUUUCAAAAAAUAGUAAACGAAUGCCUUGUGUCCUGCAAACAUUUUUUUAACACACUUGACAUACAUAUGUACGAUUCGCCAGCAUUAUCAAACCAUAAACACUUAAUUAUUAAAUUAAUAAUUGAAACUUAUUUGGUUAUCAGAUUAAAGUAUGAAGCAAAAUUGCAAAAUACCUCUAAGGAGAGCUUACGACAUUUUUACAAUAAAUUAGUUAUUUUUGGUGGAAAAUAA